AUGGGGUAUGUCAGGUGGGCCACGGCAUACCCUGUGGGGCAAGUGGAUCUGACGAUUUUCGUAGCCGAUCCGACGUCCCCUGAACUGCUGCUGUGCUUUGCUGGGUCUUGUGCGUUGACGUGGGACUGUGUUGGGGCAAUAGAUGGUACACAUAUCUAUGCUAAAGUGCCAGCCAAGAUCCAAGCUGCAUUUAGGGGUAGGAAGAACCACCCAACACAAAAUGUCCUUGCUGCAGUCGACUUUGACUUGAAAUUCACCUAUGUUCUGGCUGGCUGGGAGGGAUCAGCACAUGAUGCAACCAUUCUAGCUGAUGCACUAGAGAGACAUGAUGGGUUAAGGGUUGCACCAGGCAAGUUCUACUUAGUUGAUGCUGGGUAUGCAUGUCGGCCAGGGUUUCUUCCUCCUUAUCGAGGGACUAGGUAUCAUCUCAAAGAAUUUGGUCCUAGGAACAACCCAACAAACUAUAAGGAAUUAUUUAAUUUGAGACACUCUAGCUUGAGAGUGACCGUUGAACGUGCCUUUGGUGCUUUAAAGAAUCGUUUUCGCAUGAUUGACAACAAACCCUUCCAUCCCUAUAAGACACAAGUGAAGUUAGUACUUGCAUGUUGUAUAUUACAUAAUUGGAUCCUUGCUCAUGGGGUUGAUGAAGUAGUUCCUGCUGAGUUCUCCUGGGUGCCAAAUAAUAACCCCCCUUUACCCCAUGUCCAUAUGGAUGACAAUGCUGCUUGGGCUCUUAAAAGGGAUGAAUGGGCAACCCACAUGUGGGCUAAUAAGGGUUCCUCUCGCAUCUAG